AGCCCUGAGGUCAGGCCGGGGCGGGGGCGCCGCUGCCCGCGGUCCUCGGGCCCUCACCCACCCUACGGAGCCGAGCCCGCGCCCUCCCCAGGCGUUUUGUCCUUUGAGUAUGUCACCAAACCCCGGGGCAGGGUGAUUCGUGCCUUCUGGCCUUGUCCAGGAAGGAGAGACAGAGAUUUAAGGCAUAGCUGCCCUCAUCUCGGUCCGCCCUCUGAAAAGUUUUUCUCCGCCGCGGACCCUCUGACGGUCCCCGCGCCGGCUCCCCUCGCGCUUCGCCCGGGCGCUCACGUGGAGCCCACACCCGAAGGGGUGGAAGGAGGCCCCCCCGGGAACCUACCGACAGAACUGUUCCCUCCGGCCCAAGAAGGGCCAAUGGACCUUGCAGUGAAGAUGCAGGGAGGAGAGCCAGUGUCCAGCCUGAAAGUCUCGGAGAGCGAGGGGAAGCUGGAGGCGCUGGCCACCGCGCUGACCCCGAACAAGAGCAGCAGCAACAGCGGCGGCGGCGGCGGCAUCAGCAGCAGCAGCAGCAGCAGCAGCCGCAGCCGCGGCGGCGGUGCCAAAAGCUGGCAGUACAGUGAUCAUAUGGAAAAUGUGUAUGGCUAUUUAAUGAAGUACACUAACCUGGUCACUGGGUGGCAAUACAGGUUUUUUGUUUUAAAUAAUGAAGCUGGACUAUUGGAAUACUUUGUGAAUGAACAGUCUAGAAAUCAAAAGCCCAGAGGUACUUUGCAGCUUGCAGGAGCUGUCAUAUCACCCAGUGACGAGGACUCUCACACCUUCACUGUUAAUGCUGCCAGUGGGGAACAGUAUAAACUCAGAGCCACAGAUGCUAAGGAGCGACAACAUUGGGUUAGCCGGCUUCAGAUAUGCACACAACACCACACUGAAGCUAUUGGAAAGAAUAAUCCUCCUCUGAAGUCACGGAGCUUCUCACUUGCAUCUAGUGGCAAUUCUCCAAUAUCCCAAAGGAGACCAAGUCAAAAUGCCAUAUCUUUUUUUAAUGUUGGACAUUCCAGACUUCAAACAGUUAGCAAAAGAGCUCACUUACCUCCCGAUCAUCUUGUGGAAGUCAGAGAAAUGAUGUCUCAUGCUGAAGGACAACAGAGAGAUUUAAUUAGGCGAAUUGAAUGUCUUCCAUCGUCUGGCCAUCUUAGUUCCUUGGACCAGGAUCUCUUAAUGCUGAAAGCAACUUCCAUGGCAACAAUGAACUGCUUAAAUGACUGCUUUCAUAUUCUUCAGUUGCAGCAUGCAUCACAUCAGAAAAGUUCAUUGCCUUCAGGAACGACAAUCGAGUGGUUAGAGCCAAAGAUACCUUUAUCAAACCACUAUAGAAAUGGAGCUGACUUUGCAACUGAGCAGAGCAAGCCAGUGGCAGUCCCAGAGGAGCAGUCUGUUGCAGAGUCUGGACAACUAGCAAGGGAACCUGAAGAAGUAAAUGCAGAUGACGAGGUGGAGGAUACAUGUGAUAACAAGGAGGAUGACCUGGGAGCCGUGGAAGAGCAGCGCAGCGUUAUCCUGCAUCUCCUGUCACAGCUCAAGCUGGGCAUGGAUUUGACAAGAGUGGUGCUUCCUACCUUUAUCCUGGAGAAGCGUUCCUUGCUGGAAAUGUAUGCAGACUUCAUGUCUCAUCCAGACUUAUUUAUAGCCAUCACUAAUGGAGCCACAGCUGAGGACAGAAUGAUGCGUUUUGUUGAGUACUACCUUACCUCAUUUCACGAAGGCCGUAAGGGGGCCAUUGCUAAGAAACCGUACAAUCCUAUCAUUGGAGAGACAUUUCACUGUUCCUGGAGAAUGCCGAAAAGUGAGGUACCAUCCGUUGUUAGUGGCAGCGCUUCCACCCAGGCAACCACAAAUCAAGCUCCUGUUUCAGAGGAGUCUUUGAGCCAGGUGGGAUCAGACUGUUACACAGUCAGAUUUGUUGCUGAGCAGGUUUCCCAUCAUCCUCCAGUCUCAGGAUUUUAUGCAGAAUGUGCAGAGAGGAAGAUGUGUGUGAAUGCGCAUGUCUGGACGAAGAGCAAAUUCUUAGGCAUGUCAAUAGGCGUAACAAUGGUUGGAGAAGGUAUCCUCAGUCUGUUGGAACAUGGAGAAGAGUAUACGUUUUCUUUACCUUGUGCAUACGCCCGGUCAAUUUUAACCGUUCCCUGGGUAGAACUGGGUGGCAAAGUCAGCGUCAACUGUGCAAAGACCGGGUACUCAGCCAGCAUCACUUUCCACACUAAGCCGUUUUAUGGGGGCAGACUGCACCGGGUUACAGGUGAAGUAAAGCACACCACCACCAAUACUGUGGUGUGCAGAGUGCAGGGGGAAUGGAAUAGUGUCCUUGAGUUCACUUACAGCAGUGGGGAGACGAAGUAUGUGGACUUGACUACACUGAAGGUGACGAAGAAAAGAGUAAGGCCUCUGGAGAAGCAGGAUCCAUUUGAAUCCAGGCGGUUAUGGAAAAAUGUGACCGAAUCCCUGAGGGAAUCUGAAAUUGACAAGGCUACGGAGCAUAAACGGACCCUGGAAGAACGCCAGAGGACUGAGGAAAGGCAUCGGACUGAAACAGGCACCCCUUGGAAAACUAAAUAUUUUAUUAAAGAGGGAGAUGGCUGGAUUUAUCACAAGCCCCUUUGGAAAACCGUUUCAGCAGCCCAAGCAGCAGAGUGACGUGGGCACCGUAAGACCCAACCGAGUCCGGUUCUUCUCUGUUUGCCCUCACCCGCCGCAUAGAGUCGCUGCACUGCGGGACCUGCUUCCUGAUCACACAGACUGAACCUCGCUCAGAUUGAAUGUCCCUGCUAGGCCAGAGCAGGACCAAAGCAAGACCAGUGGGGUGAAACACAAUGGCCCUCUAACCGCCUUCUUUCUGUGAUGUGAGCAAUAUCAUCCUAAAACUUUUUACUAAAGCCCUGGAUGACUCCUCUUUUAUCCAGGUCCUGCUCCUAAAGCUCCGAAAGAUUGAAACCCGUAUGCACAGUGGCAGCGGACAUAUACACCAGUGAGAACCUAGUGAUUGCUCGAUCCCUCCUUAAAGUAAAAAGUGGAGUAUCUUUCCAAAUUUGUGCUUUGCUUUCUGUUCGUAACUGAAGUAUUCAUUACUCUUAUAAACAGACCACGAGGAGGAGGAAGAUGGCCCAGAAGCGGAGUCAGCCAUUGUGCCUGAGAUCAGUGUUAAAAAAAAAUCAACCCGGUUGUAGUAGCCAGACCUUCGCUUUCUUCACGGAGAUGGUGUGCCUGUGUUGGAGGAUCUUCUUGUCCCUUAUCCACCUCUGUUGGAACACUUUUAAAAGUCUCUAUUUAUAAAUUGAUUAGAAUUAUAACCAUGGAGAAUUUUACUUCGGAACAUUUUAAUAUACUUGAAAACAACAUUGACUUGAAAAUUUUCAGAACAUUUUUCAAUAUCUAGUUUUAUUAAAUAUUACACUUGAAAGACAAUUUUUAAAAAUGUGCUCAUGUUGCUAUGUGGUUUUUGGCCUUCAAGAACUAAGGCAUUAAAUAGCAGACAUUAAAAAAAAAAAAAACCUGUUACUUUUUCUCCUUUUUUUUUCACUGAUAGGUUGAUAUACAGUAUUAUAUGCUAUCCCCUGGAUAAGUAUGCUUCAUGUCUGUUCACUCAAAAUUUAGUCCAGCUGUUCAUAUUUGUCCUUAAGAGAGCAUGUCAAGGUGCGGUUUUAUUAUAUUUCCAAGGAAACCUAAAAGCUGAAGAAAAAGUAGGAAAUAAAGUAUCAGGAAAUUGUAUUCAGGUGUACAUUUUAAAAAAUAGUAUUUGAUUGAGGUUGAAGAAUUGCUGGUAAUUAGAAGAAUAGUGCUAAUUAUGGCUUCCCUCAUUCAUUCAAGUAUUUAUUGAGCACUUGCCUCAGGUGCUCAACAUUUGUAUUACAAGCUACCUUCAUUUUCCAAGAGUGGUGCCUUACUCUGUUUCUUCUGAUGUGGUCUUCCAAUCAGUGUGUGGAGCGUGUACCUGUUGGUCACCAGCCAUGGUAGGGCUGUGUCUGCUGCAUCACAUAAAUUUAAGCUUUGUGCUCUGAUAAAUUGUGUUUCAUUAAAGAGUUUAAUAGCGUGAAAACAAAACCAUUUUUCAACAAAUUGUAAUUAAUAAGAAUUGGUUUCCACACAACCAUUUUAAUGAUUCCCUUGUUCGUUUUUGCUGUGAAAUGCACUGAAAAAUCUCAAAAUGAAUCCUACCUAGUUCAAGUGUUGGGAAAAUUGAAAAAUAAUAAAGUAGCAAACAAUGA